UGAGAAAGGAGGAGGCCACUGCUGCCAGUGCUGGGCAAUGGCGAAGAGAAGAAUGGCUGGAUGAAAACAGCUACUUUGCAGAAGUUGUAGCCCUUACGCUGUUACUAGUACCUCGGCGUUUUUGCCUGCUUGCUGCAUUCCGCACAGAAGCUGCUCUGUUUUAGAGCAAUGUGGAGGAAAGAACUUGCCUGACUGCGCCUCGUCUUUGGCUGACAACCCAAGUGGGUGGGACAAGAAUCCUGAAGGUCUUGAGGGCUUCUUUUCUACCUGCCGGCAUAGAAGUGUAACAUUGACACCGGGCACCCCCGGGAGCGAAAGGCGGGCUUCUUCUGAGUUGGCGGACAACAGUGUACCUGAGCUGCAGACUGCAUGGAGAGAGCUUAGCCCAAUUCUCCCCGUCACUUCUGGCGAGAACAGAGUUCUAAGAUGUUGGGGGCAGACUUGGCGGUGGGGCCGAGUGGACAAGCUGAAGGGGACCCGACAGACGGCGGCUCAUUCUCUGGUCCCAGAAGUGGAACGGCGGUCAAUAGUUGCCCCGUUGAAAACGCCGUAGCUAUGCUUGCCGCAAAUGGUGGAGCUGUGGGGCAAAGUCCGGGAUCAGCGGGAAAAGUGCGCCAGUCUCGGGCGCCUCGUGGUCUCUCUUGUGCUCAGUGCGGCGUCUCGGAUGCACUGGUUCGAAUAAUUGCUCACAACAAGGAUGGGGAGGGCUACCAUUGCGGGGCCUGUUACCAGCACCGCCGGAAGCUUGAAGGACCCCUACCGGCGGCCUUCCUUCCCAGAAGAAAGGCCGGUCUCAUGAAUGACCGUCCCCAUGCCCACAACGGGGCCGUGCAGAGAGGGGCAGGUAUAGUCGCCGGAGGCGCUCUAGGGCCAAGCGCGGUAGGAGUUGCAAGUGGUUUGCGAAAGGCGCCAAUCAUGACGGGUAGCGGGGCAAAAGGCGCGGCAGAAAAUCGGAAGAAGCGGAAGGUUUCGGAAGGGGGGACUGGUGGGACCCCCGCAAAGAAGCGCCCCCCUCCAGAGGGGGCGGCUGCUGUCGGCACGGGGGAGACCGUUCACGGGGAUGAAUCGCAGGCAAAUGGUGGGAAUGGAGCAGACGGGAUCGGAGCAGCUUCGCUUGAAACGGGGGCAGGGGCCAGUCCUUCCUGGCAGGCUGGCAAAAACGUUUCUGCACAGACAACAGACUUUUCCAACCCGGCUCCGCUCACUCCCUCCGAGCUGCUGGAUGUGGCAGCGGCUCCGCCUGUUCCGGUCAAGUCAGCGGGCAGCCCGGAAGACGAGGCGACCCUGCAACAAAAGGCGCUCGAACUGGCGGAGGCCCAUCCUGCGGACCAGCCUUGGGAAAUGGAAGACAUCGACGGCUUUGUGGAUUCUCAGGUGCGUCUGCUUGAGGAGUUGUCCCCCGCUGAAAGUAUGAAGAGGCCGUGUGUCCGGGAAAAACCCUCAGGACCUGAUGAAGAAGGAGGGGCGCCUGCGGGUGCAAACGGGGGGCUUCCGGUUGAGAAGGCAGGGGAUCCCCCGGGAUUGCGGAAGGUGGAGGAACGAGAGGCGCCAGCUGGCGGCGAAGCGAGAAUGCCAGGUGGCAGCAGGGACGCCGCUGGUCCAGACCACUGGCUGCAGGAUCUUAUCGUCGAGCCUGACGGGCGGCAGGAAGUCGUCUUGGGGGACGCAGUGCCAGGGGGUGACAUGCUAGCGUCCCCUGCUUCGAUAGAAGGCGCUUCUCAGGGGAAGACGGCAAGUGAGGGUGAAGAGGAGAGGGGUUCUGCAGCGCAGGGGAAGAAGCGGGGGGGGGUGAGGACUGUAGUCCUUGGAGUGGCCGAGGUUGCUUCCAGGCUUGCCUCAAAGUUGCUUGGGAAGAAGGCGCAACGUGGCGAUGGGGGCUUGGAUUCGGAAGCUGCCGCAGAGCCUGGCAUUGGUAGGAGACCCCAAGAAGUGGUCGCCCUGACUAGUAGGGAGACAGAGCCCCAGUCGCCGUCGGGGGCUCUGGAAGGUCCGCUGUCAGACGAGCCUGACUCGCUGCCAUCCUUGGGAAAGCGAAGUACAUUGCAAAAUGGGGGGCAGGAGGAAGAUGGUGGAACCGCCCCCAAGGAGGCGGCUGCGGAGGAUGGGGUAGCAGCUUCAGAGAUGCUAGAGGCAGCGAAGGGGUCGGAGAAGGGUCCAGCGAACGGAGCGUUGGCGGGACCUCCGACUCAGAAACGUGGCGGUCAGGUAUUGGGCAACGGAGGGGACUCCGUCGGGGCCUCCAUUGGUGGUUCUGACGACGUGGGGGCAAGCACAAAGGGAGGCGGUGGAGAGGAUGAGAAUAUGGGUGAUGUCCCCUCAGUAGUCAGUAGCCUGUCGGGAAAGGGGCCUGCGGGUUCGAUUCUGCGAAACACUGGUGAAAAGGCGGGCAGCAGGGCGGAUCUCUCAGAACCCGGAGCUGCUUCCAAGGACCAGAGGGGAGCGCUGAUGCCGCAGAACGGGCAGGAGACGUGUGGUGCGGGCGACGCAAUGGGAAGUUUUGCAACGGACGUGGGCCCUUCAGAAGGGAGAAAGCGGAAGCGAGCGCAGGUGGGAGACUGCUUGAGAGGGGCUGAUGUUGGAAAGGAGAAGCGGAAGCGGGUCCGGUUGGAUCCGGCCUGUGCGCAGUGCCAGGUGAAGAUCGUGCAUACGAACUACAGGCGGCAUGGGCCGGACGGGUCAAAUUGCCUUUGCGUCACGUGCGGAGACGCCUGGGCUGCGACUGAGGAUGGCCUCAAGUGGGCGCUGCAUAAGUUCGGAACGGCUGAGUGUGCAAACUGCAAAGUAAACACGACAUUUCGACGGGAGGGUCCCGCAGGAAAGGGCACGCUGUGUGACCGGUGUGGGACAACCUGGAAUAACCGGGGAAGGCCGGAGACUUUCUCGUGGGACCCUCCCCACGUGCUAUUCAAGAUGCCGGAAAAGAAGAGGAAAGACCCGAACGGGCAAGGGGCUUCCGGAGAAAGCAGCGGCGUGGUCUUUCUAACUCAGACAUUGCGGGGCGGAGAGCAAGACGGGCUUAGGGACGAGGAGAGUGGUUUAGAAGGGGGAAACAGUGCGACGAACGUUGGGGGAAAGGAAAGCAGAACGAGUUGUGAAAGAAGGGGGAGCGUCGAAGGCAAGGGGAGCGCUAAAGGGCGAUGCAACGGAGGGAAAGUUGUGCACGAGAAGGGCAGGGGGGUUGGUGAAACCACUGGGGAAACCAGGAUUUGCCCCGGUUGUGAGAGGGCGAUACCCCCUGGAAAGGCGGCCGGUGGGCCUGGGGGCCAGAGAACCCUCUGCAGAACAUGCAACUUCGCUUGGCUGUAUACCCUCAAGAAAAGCGACCAGAUCCCGAACAACAGGCAUCUGAAAAACGUCCCUAACGCCUCCAAGCUCGGCCGUGGGAAGAAGAGCGUCGCUUUGGGAGAGCCUGUGGCAGUGGGGAAGAAAGGCGGCGGUCCGAUGGGGGAGCGGGAAGAGAAGCAGCAGCCUGCCAGGGAAGAAGCAACAACGACGGAGGUCGUCAAAUCGUCGCCGCUGGCUCAGAGUGGGUUGAAGGGAACGCGGAAAGGGAGAAAGGGGGGCGAUAGCCAGCGAGGAAAAAAGUCGGGGGGCAAGGGCGGAGCGUUGAGGCAAAAGAAUGUUGAGAAGGGGUCAGGGGAGAAGGGCAAAAUACGGAGAGAAAAAGAGCAGGCCAAAGCGGAAGAGAAGCCGUCGGGGAAGGGGGACCCUCACGUGGGGCGGCCAGAAGACAAGAAACAGAAUAUGGGCGAAAAGGGCGGUGCAAUAUUGGCGACGGGGCAGGGUAAGAAGUUGCCCGGGAAGGGGAAGCGGGGUCGUCAGUUGGUAAUCAGAAACGGAGGGGUGAAAGAAGUGGCCAUUGAAUUGAAGAAGCAGCGGAACGAGGGCGGGGGAAGCUCGGUGGUUGAAGAACCAAGCAAGGAGUUAAGUCCGCGGAAUGUAGGGGAAAGGGAAAAGGGUUCCGUUUCGGAAGGGGCCACUAGUAGGGGGUGGGUGUAUGACGAGACUCCGGAGGAAGGCAAGGGGGCUAAGGGCUGUGCCGGUGCAGAGAGCAGCGUCGAGGGGUACGUGUUCACGGUAGCAAACACCGGGAACCCGUUCAUGACGCCAAGAGGGGUGAAGCUCUUGUCCUACUUGCUAGAUGGCCCGGACGAGGAAGAGCCCGGGGAGGAUCCGACUGGGGACGACCCGCCCAAACGGAAGCGGGCGCCGCUAGGGCUCGCGCCGCGCGAGGUGCGGGUCUGCGUGAAGAAGGUGCUGAAAGCGCUGGACCCGAGGAAGUUCAUGGUGAGCAAUCCGCUGUCGAAUCGGGAGUCGUUUGUCGUCAGGGGGGUGGAGUGCUCGGUCCCCCAGGGGGUCAACGUCGGAUCGUACUCAGCCGCAGUGCAGGAAAUGGUCCUAGCUGCUCUUGGGGAGGAGACGAAAGUCCGGGGAAAGGCGACAGCUGGCGCGCCGAUGUGGAAACCGGACGCGAAACUGUCGGAGGAGCUGCGGUGCUCGAGGAGUGAUGGGCGGGGAUGGCGGUGCGGGCAGGAGCGAUGGGGCGAAUACACCAUGUGCGAGCAUCACGUGCGACAAGCGAAUGCGCGGAACGGGAAGAAGGGCCCUGUAGGGGGUCUUAUGCAAAAGGCAAGGAAAGGGCCCGCGAGGUUGAGCGGGAAGAAGGGCGCGGCGCGGGGGUUGGUGUUGAAGGCGAAAGGCGGGGCGAGGGUGAGGGGGCUGAAGGUGGGAAAAGGCGCGGGGGACAAGCUGGCGGUGUUACAACGGCUCAAGGAUGUGCAGCAAAAGAAGGGGGUGGUCCAACGGCGGUGCCACCAGUGCAACAAGCACGGGAGUCUAGUGGGCUGCGGGGGCUGCGACACUAAGUACUGCCAAAGCUGCGUGGGGACCUGGUACUCCAAGCGUGCAACCGAAGUGACGGUCCACGACGGCAGGCGCCAGUGGGAGAAGUGUCCCCUUUGCGUGGGCAACUGCAACUGCCGGCGCUGCCUGAUCGACCCCGCGCCCGCAAACUACGCGGGGUGCGACACCGAUCCAGCCGCCCAUGAUCGCAAGACGGAUCUUCUCCGCUACGCGCUGCGCAUGAUCGCCUCGAACCUGCACACAAUCCAGGAAACGCAGCAGAAGGAAGUCACGCUCGAGCGCGCGCGAUCGAGCGGGCGUUACGCGGUCAAGCGGGCCAAGGUUCAGAACGACGAGAGAGUGCUCUGCAACUGCUGCCGUACUUCCAUCGUGGACUACGUCCGCUCCUGCAGCGCCGCGACGCACUUCGACCUCUGCCUCCAGUGCGCCGAGGACGUCCGAAACCACAAAAUGGCGCCGGAGACCGGACUCGGACCUCGUUCGGACAACAGCCAAACCCAGGGAACCCCCAAGCGCGAAGAGCGGACUGCUGAAGCGCCUCUUGAAGAAAGGGAAGGCGGUGCAGAGAAGAUUGGACGGCUGGGGUUAGGAAAACGGAGGGCGGUCGACGAGGGUUCGGGUGCCGUUUCGACUUUUGGGAGGGACGGUUACGACGAAGUUCAGCGGUUGGGUGGUUCGGAUAUGGUCGCUUCUGGUCCAGGGGGAUCAGAGCUGGUGGACUUUGCCGAGGGGGGGUCCGAGAUGGUACUGGGGUCGCAGAAAGCGGAGGUGAAAGGCGGGUGGUGGUCAAGAGAGCCUGCCGCGGGGGUGGAAGAAAACAAACCCGCUCGGCUAGGGGGGCCAGCGGGUGCGGACGGGCCACCCCCCCGGAACGAAGGGGAACAUGCGGCGGUCCUAGCUGGUGCGAACGAGGAGGCUCGCGCUGCCGACGCUGCUGACGGGGGGCUCGAAAAGUUUCCGGGAGACGACACGUGUACGGUUCCCAAGGGCUAUGUCCGGGGAGGGGGGCAGACGCAGCUGGAAGAAAGGGGGGGAAAGGGGCAGGCCGGAAUUGCACCUGCAGAAGCGGGGGGGAAAGCGGAAGCGUGGGGAGAAGCAAAGGAGCUGCUGGAAUUGGGGGCUGCUGUUGCUGAUGGGGGGUGGAAAAUGGAGCCAGCAAAAGAGGGGGGUUGCGAAAAUGCAGCCGGAAAAGUGAGUGCGGACGGAGGAUUAGCGGUUGAAGGUGGGAAAGGGGAAAGAGAAGCGGUUGUGCUGCUCGAUUGCGGAGUUUCACAGCGGCCUGCCGACGUGGAUCCGUCUGGCGGCGGUCUCGAGGAGGGGGAUUCCCCAGCGAAAGAACGCGGAGAUGCGAAGCAGACGGUGACAUCGGUGGAAGUUGGCGGCUUGACAGAAAACGUCAGGGGAGAAGGGUCGGGACAGGGCGAGCCGCUGAAAGUAAUUAGACCUGCGUCCGAUGUUGCGGAUGCGACGUUGUCUGGCACCGGCACAGCCAAUGGGAAGAAGGGAACCGCCCAGAAGCAGAGUCGGCGAAGCAGUGUCAGGGAAGUUCUUGCGCUCCUAGGCAACGACUCGCCCGCUCUCGAGUUUGCGGUAGACGGCGACCUGACCUCCGAACGGUCGAAGCGCACCAGGCCCCGUAAUUCGGAGCUGGGCCUGACCGCGAGCCCGAGUAACUCGCCGACAACGCCAAAAAGGAGGCCUCUCCGGAACGGCUUGCGGCGGCGUUCGGGGAAGGGGGAGACGGACCUCGUCGUUCUGGACGAUUCUGAGGGUGAAGCGGAGCCGGAAAUGGACGGCGAUCUGCCGCCGUGGCUGCCGACAGAACGGGGAAAGAUCGUGUGUCCGGGGAAGGAGUGGGGCGGGUGCGGAAAGGGCGAUUUGGAGCUGCGGUCGCUCCAAGGGGACAAAUGGAUGGAGAAACUGGACAGGGGGUUGCGGGAGAUCGUGGGGGGGGGGUCGGAGAAAGCUGAGGAGCUGCCCUGCGAGUGCGUCUCGGUAGCGCCGGCAAAGGACCCGGUUGCCGGUUCAUCACGGAUCUCCUACGACCUCGGACUGGCCAAGCGGUCGAACCUCCGGCGGGCCGCAAGUCGAGCAGAUUCUGCGGCCAACUUUAUCUACUCUCCAGAUGCUAGUGACAUCAAAGCGAACCCAGCUGGCGCGCUGGAGCAUUUUCAGCGGCACUGGGCGCGCGGCGAGCCGGUGAUCGUGCGCGGGAUCCAGAACCGCGCGGACGCGCUCAGCUGGGAUCCGAACGUGAUGUGCACCGCCGUCAAGGAGACGGCCAAGGACCGGGACACGUGGGAGCGAAAGGAGGUCGCGGCCGUCGAUUGCCUCGACUGGAACUCGGUCAAGAUCAAGACGCAGGACUUCUUCGAAGGCUACCUCACGGGCCGGGUUCACGGGGGAGACGGCGACGGUUGGCCGGAGAUGCUCAAGCUCAAAGACUUCCCCCCCAAGGAAGCGAUGGCUUCCCGGCUGCCCCGGCACUGCCGUGACUUUGUGGAGUCGUUGCCCUACCACGAGUACACCCACCCGACCAAGGGGCUCCUCAACCUGGCUGCUGCCCUGAAGGACGACCAGAACCCCCCCGACCUGGGUCCCAAGAGCUACAUCGCCUACGGCCACCGGGACGAACUAGGGAAGGGAGACUCCGUGACCAAGCUGCACUGCGACAUGUCGGACGCCGUCAACGUCCUGCUACACAGCCACGUCGUCCGAUUGUCCAAACAACAAGAACUCGAGAUCGGACGGUUCAAACGCAAGCAGCGGGCAAAGAACGGGGUUGGCUUAACGAGAGGAGGGGCAAUAGAGAACGGAACGGUCUCAGGCGAAGAUGGGGGCUUCGUUUCGGCGGCGAAUGGACCCCCCCAAAAGGGAAGUGGAAACGAGGAGGCAGGUGGAAACGGGGCGGGAUCGGGGAGUGAUUUGAAGCCAAGCGCGAGCGGAGGGGGCCUUCUGACGGCGGAAGUGACCAAAGAGAACGGAGUCGGUACGGGGAAAGGGACCGUCAGCGGAGCGGCGCCGGACGGUGUUGCAGGAGGGAGGGUCCGUUUGCCUGCGGAUCUGGCCGCCAGACAUGGGAGAGAAGGUCCGAGCGCAGGGGGGGGGGCGAGAGCUCUUGCAGUUUUGUGUGCUCCUGCGCUUUCUGUAAAAAUCGACGGCGAGCGGAACACCGGAGCUGAUACGGACGGUGCAGAUUGCGCACCGCGCUCGCCGCUUACUGGCCCAUCAACGGCUGUCAACGGGGAACCGUCUGCUGCGGCAGAAUCCGAGGGGCUUCAGUCAGUGUCUCCGGCCCCCAUGGAGAUCGACAAAGCAUUCCGUCCGGAAGGAGCGAUUCUGGGCGCUGAAACGGAACUUCAGCGGAAGGAAUCCGGAGCGCACGCCAGACUCCCCUCGCAUCUUGCUUCAGAGGCGAAUGGAACGACAGGGGGCGCGGGACUGGUGCCGGAAAUUGACACUCUGCCGGGAGUUGCGCCUGCGCCGCAGCCUGCGGCGGCAGACGCGGUGUCAAACGAACCUGUCGCCCAGAACGGAGAGACUGCGGCCGAAGCUCCACAACCUGAGAGUUGCGGCUUAUUGGAAAGUCCCGAUGGAGAGAAGCGCGAGUUGCGGUCAGUAAAGCGGGCGAGAGCGGAAGGGGGGGUCCAAACUGGGGCGGAAGAGGGGGGUUCGGCAGAGGGAACGCCGCCAGCGAAGCGCCCAAAGCUUAUGAGCAGAAAGGAGCAAGAGAUUAUAGAGAAAAGGGAAGCCGCGGCCCUCCAGGCUAGGGGGAGUGCUCAGCCGCUGGCAACCGAGUCGGGGGGGAGGCUUCGCCCGGCAAACCAGGCCCCCCUGCGGAGUCUGGGACCCGGGUAUCAGAGCGCAAAAAAUGGGAAGCUGAAACCGAAAGCGAAGCCUGGUUCGGGUACAGCUAAGGGGAUUCUGGUUCAGCUGAAGAGCGUGGCGGGGGGGCUGAAGCCGGGCCAAAAGAAGGGGGGGGCGAAGAAACGGCGGAAGGAAGAGGGGUAUGGCGGAGCGGAAUGGGACAUUUUCCGGCGGGAGGACGUGCCAGCGCUCCGCGACUUUCUGCUGCGGCACCGGGAAGAGUUUUUGCACUUCAACGAGCAAGUCAUUCCGCGGGUUGACCACCCCAUCCACGACCAGACCUUCUUCCUGACACACGAGCACAAGCGAAAGCUUAAAACGGAAACGGGCGUUGAGCCGUGGACGUUCGAGCAGUACGACGGGGAAGCGGUGUUCAUCCCAGCGGGGUGUCCUCACCAGGUCCGAAAUCUCAAGUCGUGCGUCAAAGUGGCGGUCGACUUCGUGUCCCCCGAGAACGUGGACCAGUGCAUGGCGCUCACCGAGGAAUUCCGGGCGCUGCCUGCGGGCCACCGCGCAAAGGAAGAUAAGCUGGGGGUUAAGCGGAUGCUCCUCCACGCGGCCAGAGCGGCUGUGGAUGAGGUCAAGCGCUUACACAGGGAGGCCGGAGGAGCGGUGUCGAGAACGCGCCGGCAGGCGGGAUGAGUUAGUAACGCAGUUGAUGUGAGGCGCCGUUAGGCUAACUGUGACAGAAGAAAUGGUUCAGAAUGAUGCUUUCCACAUACACGGCUGCUUCACCGAACGGGCGGCUUGACCGCUAGUGGAGUCCGACCGCGCAACCCCGAGAGUCUCUGUCAAGCCCACGAUACGUGGCGCAUAGUGGGCCACAAUCUUACAGAAUGCGGUCGGAUUCAAAUUGUUUGAUAAGAUGGCAAAAUAGAACAAGUCGCCAUCGAUUACAAGGAUGAUUGAGUCUGUACAUAGGAACAAGACUCAGCAUGUACAGUUAGCACUGGCUACAUGGAGCAAGUUCAGCUAGAACCCGAUGCUUGUCACUAAGAUUUGAGAAUGGAAUUGCGAUAGACCGACCACUCGAUCGUGCUUUUUCUUUGGAAAACCGUACCCACAUCUGUCAGCGCA